AGAAUAAGGAGGCUGCUAUGAGCCUUGGCUGUCAAGUUCAGUUCUGAAAAAGAACUGAAGAAGCUUUGAAGAUUUUGGACUAUCCCUUUCAGGAGCUUCCACUCCAAAAGAUAAUCAGAGGAUUACAAAAGCUUAAUGAUGAAUUCCAGCCUGGGAGAUCUGGAUGCUACAGAGAACUAUUAUGGGUAUAACGAUACCAUUGACUCGUUUGAGUACACAGAAGAGAUGCCCCCUUCUGUUUUAGGAUGGAUUGCUUUGGUAGGCAUUACUUUAAUGGCCUGUUGUAUUGGAUUUAUGGGCAAUGGCUACAUCAUCUGGCUACUUGGCUUCCAGAUGAAGAGGAACCGUUUCACCACAUUCAUCCUUCACUUGGCCAUCACAGACUUUGGGUUCCUCACGUCUGUAGUUAUACAUAAUAUCCAUAUAUUUACUUAUUUUCUAGGACAUGGAAUUCUCAACAUUUUCUGUGCCUCUUUCUGCCACAUGAUGUAUAUCAAUAGUUACUUUCUUAUGACGGCCAUCAGCAUUGACCGGUGUGUGGCUGUCCUUUUCCCAAUCUGGCAUCACUGUUCCCGGCCAAAACAUUUGUCCCCUGCUAUCUGUGUCACCCUCUGGACCUCCUCUUUCCUCCUGGUUGGAACUGUGAACAUUAUGAAAUUAUCAAAAGUCACUGUAGAUUACAGUCCGUUUGGUCUCCUUUUCCUUGUGAGUGCUAUACUUUGCCUUCCGUUGAUCACUCUCUCUACUGUGGCCCUUUUCAUCAAAGUGUGUCUUAAAUCGAAUCAGAAGAAUCAGGGUCGGCUUUUACUGAUGAUUUUAAUCACUCUUCUCUGUUUCCUCACCCUUGCUUUUCCGUUAAGUGUCUUUGUGGUGAUUGCUAAUUUUUUUAGUAUUGAAAUUGACCCUGAACUACGGUAUUGGGAGACACGUAUUAUAUUGAUCUCCUGCCUAAACAGCAGCAUUAACCCAGUGAUCUAUUUUCUAGUUGGGAGGAAAAAAGGAGCUCGGUCCAAGGACAGCAUGAAGGUCCUUUUGCAAAAGCUCUUCAAAGAAACUGAAGUUACUGGAGGGAGAUAGAAGAAGUCAAGACAUCUGUGUUUUCUUCUGAGGAGCAAUGAAGGGGGUUGUAAUCUUAUAAGUGGGAUCAGAGCUUUUUUUGUCAUUGAACGCACCGGAACGGUGUUCUGGCACCUUUUUUCGAUGGAUUUUCCAAGUUCUAAAAGUAACUUUCGAAAAUUUGAUGCUUAGUCCACGUGGACUUGAAUCGCCCUGUCGAGUAUAGCAGGUCGGCGGCAAAAUCAUUAAAAUCGUGCAUUUGGGCUGCUUGUGUGUCGAGUCCGAUGCAUGCAUACUUCAUCCGCGCUGGUUGUGAUGGUGCUGCUUGGCUUGUGGCACUGCUCGGCUUGUGAUUGGUGGUGUGGUUGUGCGCUCAGUGCUUACUGCAGACAGCGACCAUUAUGUUUCAUUACACAAUUGGUGUGUGUGGGUGUGUGUAGAGUGAUUGACUUCGUGCGAAAAGUAAAUAUCUUUAUUUUAAAAAAAAUCAUUGGUGGAUUGAAAAUCUUUUUUAAUAUUUAAUGUAAAAGUGUGACCCCCCAAGUUUAAAAAUGAAAAAAAAAAUACUAAUUAAAUCUCAACCACUGGUCUUGCUAAUAAAAAGGCCAGGAUAUUAACAGACGCAACGACAGAACACACAAAAAUAAUGACGCCUGUUGAUAUUUCUGAAUCUGAUCUUGAGAAGCAAAGCCAAACUACAAAUGACUGCUGGACCUAUGAUAAAAAAAAUAAUUUGUGGCAACUGGAUCUGAAAGAGGUUGGACGGUUAUUCCAGGACAAGGACUGAAAUCCAUAUUUAAAAGGACUUGAAUGGGUAGUGGACCAGAACCAUUUAAAUAAGUCUAAUUUUUUAUUAUUAUUGUACAUGUGAAUAUGAUUUAAUACGUUAGCAGGAUAUGUGCAAGAAGUGGACGGAAAGAGUGUAACCUCAGAGUAACCCGGCCAAUGGGGAACAAGGAGGGAUGUGGUGGCUGGGACAGCACUGUAUAAGGAAGGGAAUA